AUGGACGCCGCCCUGUACUUCGUGUCUCGCUACGCCAUUGCAAUCUAUCUCCUUUCUCCAACACAAACCGUCAAGUUGGCCGAAUACCUGAGAAGCCUUGCGCAGCAAGCGAAGAACUUACCUAAGUAUUUACCGGCAGGUGUUUUCAGAGCUGCUUCCUCCCUCGAUUGGACGCGUAAGGCGGACGUGGCCAGUCGCUUUGACCGCGGAGGCAGCAAGCUGGAGCCCAUGGCCGAAAACAGGCCUGAGAAGCCGGAGAAGUCCUACCUGUCCACAGCCGUCGACUCGAUCUCCCCAUGGGGUGGCUCUCGCUCCUCUACGCCCAAACCUACAUCUGCCGCUGUUCUCGGAAAAGGCUCCGGGUUCAAGCAUCAACGGGGAGGAGACCACACAAUACAGAACUGGCACGGAUUCAGCUCGAAGAGAUACCCACCCGACUGCCCUGCGUUGAAUACUAGGUGGUUUCAUGCUGUAGAUAUACCCAAGAGAAAACCGAAGCUGUUAAAGAAUACUGAAGAAAACGCAAAGCCACCAGGGGUGCCAAAGAAAUUUGUCCCAUUUUCUCUUCACGAUAGUCGUUCGAUCGAAACCGUAUAUCAGAAACUUGCAGACGAAUACGAUGAUCCUAUUAGAGAUGCACGCCAGAAGGCGGAUGAUUAUGCCAGUGGCAUGUCAACAUCGGCUUCUGGCAAGAAACCAAAUACAAGCAUAGAUGAGGCAGGACAGGAUACAAAUGCUGGUGGUAAAAUCAGGGUACCAGUUCAGGAAGAUUUCUUGUUCGAUGUGGACAUCGAGCAACGAGAACUGAGUCCGUUGUACUGGCUUGGGCCGAUCUACGAGGUCCGUCGUGGCUCAUGGUUCUACCAAGAAGGCUCAACACUGCGGCCUUGUGAAGAAAACUUAGCCUUUCAAUUGGAAGAAGGGUAUUUGAAGAUUAUGCCAUUUCGGUACGCAAAGGCUCCAGAGAAACCGAAUACCAGGACAGGAGAAGAGCCCAGAUCUCUGGCGCUUUCCGGGGCAUUCAGCCGGAAUCGUGCUGGAUCUGGCGAGGUUACCCCCAAGGCUUCUGCCGAGAAUCUAAGGGCCGCCAAUCAACAAGCGCUUGACGAUGAUGCUCAUAACAGGAUGAAAGAUGUUCCUCCACUGAACGCUCAACAGCCACAGAGUUAUCGUCUUUUCGGAACGUAUAUGAACUCAAUUGUAACCUACCAAGACUCAACAGUAGCAUGGCUGUCGGUGGACUCCAUUAUGUCAAGAGUUAGUAGCAGUGUAUACGAGCGAUUCGCAGGUGGAGCAUAUCUGUCUGGCAUCAAGCUGGUUCGUGGCUAUUCCGAAGGAAAGAAGGAAGACAAAACACCGAAUACGCCGACUAGUGCUGCAAUCAAUGGUUCGAAUAUACCCCCGGAGCUGCAAAUCGAUGCCAAGCAGCAGAAGUUGCUCAAGAGGCGCUCAGCUCCUCCGAGUACGAGCCGUCACGAGGCAGAAGGAAUCGAAGAAUCCACGAUUGCUGCUUUAUCUGGAGGAGUCGACACGGAUAUGGAGGCAGAGGCUGUCAGAAAGCGGGAUGAAAAAGAAAUACAGAACGACUACAAUGGACGAGAUGGCGAGAAUCAAGGAAGAGAGAUUGACCAUCUAAUUCUGGUCACACAUGGGAUCGGCCAAAGACUAGGCAUGAGAACAGAAUCUGUCAACUUCGUUCAUGAUGUGAACGUCUUGCGAAAGACCUUAAAAAACGUUUACGGGAGUAGUGCCGAUCUACAAGCACUCAAUUCCGAGAUUGACAAGCUUCCCAAGAACUGUCGGAUUCAGGUACUUCCCGUUUGUUGGCGCCAUCUCUUGGAUUUCCCAAGGAAGGGUGUCCGACAGAACCGGAGAGAACACGACCUCGGUGAUGCCUAUGGAGACGAGGAGGAGUAUCCGAGCUUAGAAGACAUCACAGUAGAGGGGGUGCCUUUUGUUCGUUCCCUCAUCACUGACCUAGCUCUCGAUAUCUUGCUCUAUCAGAGUGCAUAUCGCGAGCAUAUCACUCAGCUGGUGACAGCAGAGUCAAAUCGAGUGUACGACCUCUUCCUUGAACGCAACCCUACUUUCAGUGGCAAAGUAAGCCUAAUAGGCCAUUCGCUCGGCUCUGCUAUCUUCUUCGAUAUUUUAUGCCGGCAAAAAGAAGCGGCACUGAAUACUGGCAGUCGCCACAAAGGCCGGGAUCAUCCCAGCAGCAAAUCACAGGUUAAAGAUCUUAACCUUAAGUUCCUGGUUGAGGACUUCUACUGCCUCGGAUCUCCGAUUGGACUUUUUCAGAUGCUUAAAGGAAGAAGCAUUCUUGGACGCCAUCAGAGGGAGGAUGCAGUCCCUGCCGAAUCACCAAUGGAUCCAGAAGAUAUGCAAGACCCUUUUCUUGGCUUCGCUUCUGGUGAGAAUAUAUCAUCUGUUACUGGCCUGCCACUCAUAGUAUCAUCACCAAAAGCUAGUCAGCUAUAUAACAUCUUUCAUCCAAGCGAUCCGAUUGCUUACAGGCUAGAACCCCUCAUUGCUCCUGCCAUGUCUUCUCUCAAACCUCAAUUGCUACCAUAUACCAAGAAAACAAUUUCUGCCAGUGUUAGUGGAAUAGGUGCUAAAGUGGGCCAAAGUGUAAGCGGGCUCUGGACCAGCUUGAGCUCAGGUAUAGCCAGCAGUCUCCUGAACAGGAGCCUAGGGCUUACGAGCGAUGAUGUAGCCCGCAUGGAGGCUCCAACACCCCAGCGCGGCGCAGCCAAUCCUCUCGGUGCUGGAACGAACAUCUCAACCGGUGGCGUAAUCUCUCAUGAUGUGCCUGUACCUAGUCUCCCAAGAGAAAGCGCCAAUGAGAAGAAGAAGGUGCUUGCUCAGGAGACACAAGCUGCGGACAGAGAAGGGACUGGCGCCAACGCUCCCACUUUGAUUGAUGACGAGAUCGAGACGCUCUACGCAGGCUUUCAAAAGAGGAGAGAAAGUACAAGUGAUGCGGCAGAGGACUAUUCUGAGGCUGAGACAAGGGGGCGGAAGUUGAGAAGGGAGGAAGCUAAAGUUAGAGCACUGAAUUCGAAUGGCAGGGUUGAUUAUAGCAUUCAGGAGAGUGUUCUCGAUUUCAAUCCAAUGAAUACUAUCGCAAGCCAUCUUGCUUAUUGGGCCGAUGAAGAUGUCUCUCAUUUCAUGAUGAGCCAGUUGCUAUCGAGACAUCGCAACGCUCGGACAGGUCAAGGAAGCAAAUAG